CCCAGCUCUGCAAUAUCUAGCAAGGAUGAAGAAGUGCGGCCUUUCACAGAUGAUCUCCUGCCUUAUCUUGGCCUUCUUUUUCCUCUCAGGCCCAGGCCCAACCAUGGCCUUACCAAUAUGUGUAAUAGGCAAUAUUUUGCAAUUCCCAACCAUUACCCCAUCAUGACCAGUAUAUGGAAUCAAAGAUUGGAGGGUACCUUGACUUGCUACCAUGUGAUUAGUGGCUCCAGUGUCAAGAUGCUUCUGAUGGUUCUUCCAUCUUCAUUGCUGCAAAACAUUGAGAUUUGCUGUUUUUGGAACCUCGAGAGUAAUUGUUUGAGGGUUGGCUCUGAGUUGAUGCUUUAGAUCCAUUGGUGUGCCCUUGAACAAAUUGGUCCCCUUAGAAGUAAAGGGACCAAUUUGUUUUCUGUUCUUGUAAGACUUUUGGCCAUAGAACACCAUUGAUGCAGGAGAAGCAUCAAGUUUGUACCUGUUAGCAUAACUUUCAAGUAAUGUUACUACUUCAGAAUAUGAGGGAGCAUGGGGCCUAAGCAUUGUGGCUGUAAAGACCUCAAACUCCUUGCCAAGGCCAUUGAGAAGCCACUAAGACUUCUUGUGUUCUAAAACUGGCUUGCCAAUAGCAGCAAGCUCAUCACAAAUGGUCUUCAAUUUCCUGAGGAUGUAAUGGCUCUGAUGUUCGACAAAUAUGCACGGUGACAAGCAGCAGUCCGGAUGAAGUCAGGAUUAUGAUUUUGAAGGGGCCAAGUGCUCAAUCCGCUAGAAUAACUUUCACCAACAACUGUCCCAAUACCGUCUGGCCAGGAACCCUAACCGCCGAUCAGAAACCUCAACUAUCAACAACUGGAUUUGAGUUAGCAUCCAAAGCAUCCACAUCCCUAGAUGCCCAAGCUCCAUGGAAAGGCAGUUUUUGGGCACGAACUGGUUGCUCCACGGACGCCUCAGGAAGGUUCUCUUGCGCGACUGCGGAUUGCGACUCCGGACAGGUUGCAUGCAAUGGCAAGGAAGCAAUCCUGCCAGCAUCUUUGGUAGAAAUCUACAUAGCAGAAAAUGGUGGGAAAGACUUUUACGAUGUCAGCCUUGUCAAAGGCUUCAACCUGCCUGUUUCAGUGAGCACAGAAGGCGGGAGUGGUGAUUGCCAGACCUCGAGUUGCCCGGCCAAUGUGAACGCGGUUUGCCCAGCAGAGCUGCAACUGAAAGCCGCAGAUGGGAGUGUGAUCGCAUGUCGGAGCGCAUGCUCAGUGUUCACUCAACCACAAUACUGCUGCACUGGCAAUUUCAGUACUCCACAAACAUGUCGUCCCACAAACUAUUCCAUGUUCUUUGAGAACCAGUGCCCUCAAGCUUAUAGCUACGCUUAUGAUGAUGUGAAUAGCACCUUCACCUGCUCUGGUGCACCUAAUUACGUUAUCACUUUUUGCCCUUGAAUAAUGUCUAACUUGAUCAUGAGAUGAGAUCAAGAGUUAUGCAUUCAUGCAUAUUGCAUGCA